CGCAAAGCAAGGUUGUUUCCAAAUCAUGACCUUGGAAAGACAGAAUUAUUUUUAACGUAAAUGUGUAUCGAGGGUAGGCUUUAUGUAUGAAAACUUGUCUUUUUAGGGAGGCCUGUCCAGUUUGAUUGUCCCAAGACUCCCAACCUUACGGCAUAAUCGAUCUUUGGCUGGAAUAUAAAUACAGAUGGAUUGUCGCAACUAUACGGCAUAGAUGUUUCAGGCUUUAUAAACGUGUUGAAGAUGGCGUUAUCGGCUUCGCCUGCUAAGGUCACUCUUUCACUGAGGGGCCUUUCAAUGGUUUUCCUACUUGCAUCGAUCACACUCCUUUUUAUCAGUGACAACUCGGUCCCUGAAUAUAACGGCGUCCGCUUCCUCGGCUACAAGGAUUUCUCUAGCUACAAAUACAUGCUUGGUGCUGCUGUAAUUGGCAUGGGAUAUAACCUCUUGCAAAUAAUUUCAUUUGCAAUCUUCCGGAUCUUGAUGAAGAAGGAUAGCGACGUAUACUGCCUAAUUGAAUUUUAUGGUGACAAGGCUGUAUCAUUCCUUUUAGCCACAGGGUCAGCUGCAGGAUUUGGCGCUACCAAAGAGUUGAAGAAAGAAAAAUGGACAACAGUUAAUCAGGACAAAGUUAUUAAUCUGGACGGUUUUUUCAAUAUGAUAUAUGCAUCAGCUACCCUCCUCUUCCUCGCAUUCUUGUGCACUGCAAUAAUGUCAAUAUUGUCUUCCUAUGCGCUUCCAAAGAAAGUUUAGCUCUAGCCGCCACCCCUCUCAAAACCUCUCUUCUCUCUCUUGGUAUCCUUCUUCUUCGUGCAACCGGUGUGGGAGGAGGGAAGGAUCUCUUCUCUUCCCUCCUCUCUUCUCUCAUUUCCUUUAUGUUUUUUCCUGUUUUCUUUGCUUUGGUUUACCUCCUAUCCCUUUUAGGGAGUUCUGUUUCCCAGGACUAAAUCCGGUGGUGGUUGAUGUUCUCCUAGUCCUUUCAGGGCUAUGGAGGUUGUUUUUUUAGUUUUUGCUUGUGCUUUUUUCUAUUGGUUUUCCUGGCAGAAGGCUAUACGAGACGUCUGUGUUGGGGAGCGGCCUUUCUGGUGUCUCCGGCGAGUUUUUCUGGCUGUGCUUUUUUGAUGUCUUUUUUAGAGCCAGAUCGGUAUUAUUCAACUGGGUCUUUCAUGACAUGCGCCUCUCUAUGGUGGAGAUCAACCACCGAUCUCCAACGAUUGAUCUCCACCAUAGAGAUUCCCGGUGAAGGCGCGUGUUUACACGCACUGGUUCCGGUGACAGCUUUUUCCCAACGCCGAUUUCGUUUGAUUUCUGUUUGGAUUUUUUAUUAAUUUAUUUUUCUGUUCACAGUCUGCCUUUAUAAAGCUCAAUUGUUACUCGACUAUAUAUUUGUUGGCAUAGUAGCUAGAUUAGCCAUUUUUUUCUUUGUUUAGAUUGUGCUUAAAUGUAAAGAGUGGCUCAAACGUUGUUC